AUGAAGAGCGGCCGCUCGAGCCUCGCCGCUGCUAAUGGGAGCCCACCUGGCAGCCUCCCGCGCCCGGCUCGCUGCACUGCGCUACACGACACGCUCACACAUUCCUCACCAGAACUCCGUGCACUCUACACUCUACUGAAUCUACAGCCCAACCAGCCAAAGAAAAGGAGGAGGAUAGGAGAGGAGCGCAGAGGGGAUGAGAGGAGAGAUGAGGAGAAGACACAUGAAGAAGACAGACGAAGAAGACUAGCGCAA